UGCCUCUUCAGUAACGAGAUUAUUCCUCUGGACGCACUCUCAAUGGCCGACUCAGCUUAUACUUGGGUUCACAAUGCCACAGUUACCACUGACAAUGAGGCAACGAGUUCCACUGCAAGCGAGACAAAAACCAUCACAGCUACACCUGGGUCAACUUCAACCAGUAUCUCUGUGGACACUACCACCCCUGCAACAACCAAACAAACAGCUACAACUACCCCUGCAACAACCACACAAACAGCUACAACUACCCCUGCAACAACCACACAAACAGCUACAACUACCCCUGCAACAACCACACCAACAACCACAACCACUCCUUCAACAACUGACUCAGAGGCAACUACAACCACUACUUCUCUGGGAACGACCACUUCUGUAACGACCACACAAACAACAACAACUGACACAACAACUGCCACAGUUGCCACCGACAAGGAGACCGCUAGUUCCAGUCCUGGGGAGACAACAGCCACUACAGCUGCAUCUGAAGCAACUUCAACCAGUACCUCUAUGGAAACAACCACCCUUGUAACGACCACACAAACAACUACAACCGCUCCUUCAACAACUGCCACAGUUGUCACCGACAAAGAGACUGCUAGUUCCAGUCCUGGGGAGACAACAGCCACUACAGCUGCAUCUGAAGCAACUUCAAUCAGUACCUCUACGGAAACGACCGCCCUUGUAACGACCACACAAACUACUACAACCGCUCCUUCCACAACUGCCACAGUUGCCACCGACAAAGAGACUGCUAGUUCCAGUCCUGGGGAGACAACAGCCACUACAGCUGCAUCUGAAGCAACUUCAAUCAGUACCUCUACGGAAACGACCGCCCUUGUAACGACCACACAAACUACUACAACCGCUCCUUCCACAACUGAAUUAUUACCACUAGAAGAUUAUAUUAGACACAGUAAGUCGGUUAUCAAGAAAAAAUGGCAAAAUAACUGGAGGGAAAAUCAUCCUAACAACAAAUUAAGAGAAAUAAAAGAAACUGUAGACCCGUGGCCAUCAUCCUAUCAGAAAUGCCGCAAGCAUUCGGAACGUGACUGUGUUGCAAUACAGAGAUCAUCAGACCUCCGGAUGUCCUGGAGUUGUGAUUGUAAGGUGACAAGCAAGGACCCAUUCCUCCACUGCCUCACCAUUGUGGUGGGUGCUAUCGUAACCCCAGACAGUGUUGUGGCUAUUGAAGUACCCAACCACGAGACAGGGCUUAUUGUCAGAGAUGUUGAUCUGGCACCACAAGAAAGUAGCAGGAGGGGGUUUGUAGACUGA